GAUUAGAAAUCACUAGGGAUUGGAACCACGAAAAAUUAUGCAGAAAAUUAAUCGGGCCACUCAACUAUAAGUUACAUGAUUACAUUAAUUUUGGAACAUCUGACAUCAGUUCUAAAAUUGCUUAUAUUCUAUACGCGAGUACACAUUCAAAAAAACAUGGAUAUUUAAAUUUGAAGCCAGAUGAUAUAUGCGAU